GCGGGGGGGGGGGGGGCACUGCCUCGGGGUUGCCGGCUGCAGCGCCGGAGCCAUGGAUCGCCUCACCGGCGCCCUCCGCAGCCUCCAGUCUAACUCGGAGUCGGUCACGAACGGCAUCUGUGGGAUUUUGGCGCUGGCCAGCGUCCGGCUAUACGGUGCCUUCCACUUUAGCUGCCCGUGUCUACCCGGCUACAACACUGCGUACGCGGCGGCGGUGCUCCUCCUACCUUGCAUCGCCCUCUUCAUCUGCGGCCUCAUGGUGAACCGGCGCUGGCUUCUGCUGCUGCGGGAGUGGCGGAGGCCGGAAGGCGGCCGACCCCGGGACAUCAGUGCCUUGCUGUCGCUGCUGCUCGGAGUGGUGCGGAGCGCCGCGCUGCCUCCCGCCGCCUGGCUUAUCGUGGCACUACUCGAUGGCAAGUGCCUCGCCUGCGCCCUCGCUACCAGUCUGGAGCCCGGCCGCUUCGCCAAUGUUAGCGGCUACACUGAGGCCGAGCUGCGCGCCGCCCUGGCCCGGCUUCCCUGUAAGGACCUCGCCUCCGGGCCACUGCCCGGGCACCCGCCCUUCUCCAGGAAGGCAGCCUACCGGUACCUGCGCACCGUCUCCCAGGCGGUGGGAUGGACCACCCUCUUCCUGCUGAUCCUCGCCGCGUUCCUCGCUCGCUCCCUGAAGCCAUGCUCUCGACAAGUCAACCCCCUGCGGAACUGGUACUGGGGCAACUACCUCGACCAGGAAGAAAAGAUCUUCGAGGAGAUGUGCUGCGAGCAUGCGCACUCAUUCGCUCGGCGCUGCGUCCGCCAGUUCUUCGUCGGACCGGGAGAGGAGGGAACGGACUGGCAGGCGAGCCCGAAGGGGGCGGAGGGGGAGGCGGACUGCCCUCUACACGGUAUCACCAACAAAGAGCAGCUGAACCAGCAACUCCAGCUCUGGGACAACGCCAAGCCCCCACUGGCUAUCGAGGUCGAUGACCGGCAGACCCCUGGACACCCGGGGCUCUCUCACGGCCCGUCGGAAAACGGUGCAAGGCACACCCGGGUUUAAAAAAGCCAUUCCGCCCCUCCACUACCUUCGCCCCAAGACCUAGUGGGAUUCCUCGGGUCAGGUCUGACCCUCUCCUUUUCCGGGACGAGGUGCAACUCCUUCUCGAGUACCGGGAGGGAGCGGGAGCGAGGGGCGAAAGGAGAACUAAAGGGAGAAAGGGGAAGAGGGCGAGGGGUAGCUCCCUUUGGCUUAAUGAUUCUGUUGUUUUUCCGAAAGUGCCUGCACAUUCGCAAGCAAAACGUACAAAAUCCACACAGACAGCGCCCGGGGCCGGGAUCGAACUCGCGUCUCUGGAGCUGAGAGGCCUGCGCCACCAGCCGCUGUACCAUUCAGGCUCAUCAUUGUGGUAUCAGUGCUGGGAUUAGAACAGGGACUGGUCAUUCAGCCUCUCGAUUCUGCACCCAAGGCCGGUCAGCGCCAGUGUCCUGCCCGUUCCCCUACGGGCUGAAGCCGUCUGUUCCAGUCUUGAAUUUGUUUGUCGUGCCCCAGCCCCCAUCGAGAUUCCCAGUCCACAACGAUCCAUCCGGCCUAGUGACCCCGCCCCCACAAUGAAAACAACCACUGCCCCCUGCCCACCCUCUUCUCUCUGCUCACCGGAACUAUUAUCUCCCCGCCUCAGAGAUAACUCCACAAGAUCCUCAUACCCACCAACGGGGCCGACCGCUCUCAGAUGUGCCUCAGGCACUCCAGAGGGCCCACCAAUUCCGAAAUAGGUCAUCCCCCCUACAGGGACACUGCAGAGUAUCCUCCCUGAGAACUAUCCCCUCCUCACCAGUUCCGGGAGAUUUCUGUCUCAGUGUCACCCAGAAGGCUCGGACCUCCUCAGAUCACUGUGGCACGGACAAGCCUGAGACCGCGCAUGAAGCGCCGAGGGAGGGCGAAACCUCGGAAUAAACCCAGCUCACCGCACCUCGACACCCCCUGCCCGCCUGACCUCCCUAGUCACAUCGGAGCUCAGGGAGCGGGGACCCCAUGAGACUACCAGAGAAUAUCUCUCCCUAAAUGAGGGGGCCACGUCUGCAGACUCGAAGGGCCGAUGGCCUAAUUCUGCUCCUAUAUCUUUAUGGUCUAAAACUGCAGACUGUGGGGCCUCUUCCUUUGAUGUACUCCUCUGUGUUCCAAUCUAUCACCCCAUCGCCGUCCAGCGGCAAAAUAACAAGUUCUGACGACUGCUGGCUGCUCAAAAUAAAGCAAUAAGAGUAACUUAAAAUAAAAAUUUCUCAGAGCAUGGCAUGGUACCCAGUGUUAGUUUUUGGGAGAGUGUGAGUAUUAGUUUUCAGAAACAGAUUAAUGUGGGUCGGAUCCCAAGAGUGUGUGAUGGGACGGAAUGGAGGGACCUUUGCUCUGUGUCUGACCCCGGGGUCAGUAUUAGGACAGUAUUAGUCCGUGAGCCAGUAGGGUUGCUCGGUUACAUCUGAGGGGAAUAAUGCUCCUAGUGAUUUUUAGCAAGGUAUACAUCCCUGAAGUUAGAAAAUAUGCAAUAGCAUUGCACCAGUGGUAGUUUUAUGUAUGCAUUUUAUAACACUAGCCUAAGACAAGCAUUUCUGAAAAGUGGCCAAUAUAAAGUACAACAUAUAUAUUCAACCUAGUGGUAUUUUGUCAUCAGUGAUCCCUCAACAUUGAAAUUUGUCACAAUGAUAGCUGAGUUCAAGCACUUUUCAUCAAAUGUUAUAAAAUUCUACAUCGUAAACUAUGUCAUUACUGGCAGUCGCAGUACGGUUCACAAUUUCAGUAGAGUGAAUCAUUUCAUUUUUAGAAAAAUAUUUGUCUGUUGUUUAUUUUGGAA